ACCUACUGCGAUCUCCGCGACGGCCCACGACAACCAGUUCGGCGUUGAACGCUUCGCGAGCGCCUGCGCCGUCCGUGACGUCAUCGUCGUGAAUGCUGUUCGUUCGCCGGGGACUUGUUGAACUGCGUGGCCUACAUCCGGGAAUCCCGUUAACCGUGCCACUUGUUCGGCACCACCAGACGCUUAUAGAGUUGUAUAGACCUCCGCGCAUACGUGUUCGGAGGGGAGGGUAGCGGUCGUCGGCGAUCGCGUUAUUAUGUUAUUAUUAUUAUUAUUAUUAUCAUUAUUUUUACGUACACGACAGUAACGAUUACGAAUCGGUAACGCGUUAGCGUAUCGUGCCCGGCACAGACAUUUCACUCGUAUCCGUGUUGCAGUGUACAGGUUACUCAUCUCAUUGCGACACACAAUAUUGUUGUUGGUUUAAUAUAUAUAUAUAUAUAUAUUAUCUCGUCAUAAGCGCCUUAACCGACACACGCACACAUGUUCGGACUACCGGGAAUCAUGGGCAAAAGUGUCUCCGGAGAGAGCGGCGGCGGCGGCAAAAAUCGGAGUCACAACGACAAGAGCAGCUGCAACAAGAGCAAAGCGCUUACGUAUCUGCUGUGGCUGGUGGGCGGCGUGUGCGGCCUGCACCAUUUCUACUUGGGCAGAGACCUGCAGGGCGUGCUUUGGUGGUGCACGUUCGGCGGGUAUUUCGGGUUCGGUUGGCUCAGAGAUCUGUUCUACAUCGGCGAGUACGUGGCCGACGCCAACAAGGACGAGAAGUACAUGAGAAAAGUCGACUACAUGGUUCGCGUGCACGAAAAGCCACCGUUUUCUACGGUUCGAUUCACUGGAAUGGUAGUAGUGGCUUAUCUUUUUAGUACCGUUGUAUCCCUAGCAAUACCUGAAGAUAAUGUUGGGGGUCUUAGCUGGCAAUGGCUACAUGUAUUUACUCCUUUAGCCGCAGCUUUAGGAGUAUGGGCUGUGGGGAAUAUUGGUCAUGAAACAGGAUCUCUUAAAUGGCCUUUAAUAUGUGCAUAUAUAGUACCCAUGGUUGGUAAUCCAUUGAAAUCAUUUAUUUUUGAUAAAUGGGGCUAUGAUAUUGAUGAAUCUACAUCGUUUGCUAUCAUGAUAUUAUCAGCAGCGUGGUCAUUUGAUCAUUUGGAGAAACGGUGGAGACCAAAAAACCAAAAGAGUCCAGGUAUCUUAAAAAGAAUUAUUGUGAUCAGUAUGUGCUGUUUAUUAUACAUGGCUUUAUGGAGUAGUUAUUUGUAUUUCAAUGCCAAAGUAACAGAUGAAGAAGGUGAUGAAGUACCAUUCCAUGAAGCUUUAGGUCAUUUUUUCAGUUCACCCUGGUGGUUAGACGUAAAACAAUCUUUCAUUGAUGUAUGGCAAUUUGCUCAAGAACACGGGUGGAUGGAGACUUGGCGGCAAAUAGUUUCAUUAUCUGAUCCUUCGGGUGAACAAAAUGCUUUUAAGGUGUUGGAAUUAAGAUCAGGAGCUACACAAACUGAAAUUAAAAAUCAAUGUAGAACAUUAGCAGUAAAAUACCAUCCAGAUAAAGCUAAAGAUGAUGAAACUAAAAAAGAUGUGCAAAAUCGAUUCUUCGAAGUACAGCAAGCAUGUGAACUGUUAUCAAAUAGUAGAGCUAAAAGGCGAAGAAGAAACAAACAAUUUAAUGAAGAACUUUAAGUUGCAAUAUUAUUUAUUUUUUGUUAUGCAUCUGUCAUAAAAUCAUACCU